CAGCUUCAGAGCUUGAUAACGAUGUUCCAAAAGCAGCCUGCCUCUCCACUGAAAGCAGUGACACUCAGAAGACCCCUGUCAUCACUCUUCCCUCAGAGGCAAGGGAGCAAAUGGCCACCCUUGGAGAGAGGACAUUCAACUGUUGCUACCCAGGUUGCCACUUCAAAACUGUGCAUGGCAUGAAAGACUUGGACCGCCACCUCAGAAUCCAUACGGGAGACAAACCGCACAAGUGUGAGUUUUGUGACAAGUGCUUCAGCCGGAAGGACAACCUGACCAUGCACAUGCGGUGCCACACCAGUGUGAAGCCACACAAGUGUCACCUGUGUGACUAUGCUGCCGUGGACAGCAGUAGCCUCAAGAAGCACCUGCGGAUCCACUCUGACGAGCGGCCGUACAAAUGCCAGCUCUGCCCCUAUGCCAGCCGCAACUCCAGCCAGCUCACCGUCCACCUGCGAUCCCACACGGGGGAUACCCCCUUCCAGUGCUGGCUCUGUAGCGCCAAGUUCAAAAUCAGCUCGGACUUGAAAAGGCACAUGAUCGUGCACUCGGGGGAGAAGCCUUUCAAGUGCGAGUUCUGCGACGUCCGCUGCACCAUGAAGGCGAAUCUCAAAUCGCACAUCCGCAUCAAGCACACCUUCAAGUGUCUGCACUGUGCCUUCCAGGGCCGGGACCGCGCUGACCUCCUGGAGCACAGCCGGCUGCACCAGGCCGACCACCCGGAGAAGUGCCCAGAGUGCAGCUACUCCUGCUCCAGCGCGGCCGCGCUGCGCGUGCACAGCAGAGUCCACUGUAAGGACCGUCCCUUCAAGUGUGACUUCUGCAGCUUCGACACGAAGCGGCCCAGCAGCCUGGCCAAGCACAUCGACAAGGUGCACAGGGACGAGGCCAAGACGGAGAACUGGGCCCCUCUGGGCAAGGAAGGGCUCAGAGAGAGCAGCUCUCAACAUGUGGCCAAGAUCGUGACGCAGAGGGCCUUCCGCUGUGAGACCUGCGGCGCCUCCUUCGUCAGGGAUGACUCGCUGAGAUGCCACAAGAAGCAGCACAGUGACCAGAGCGAGAACAAGAACUCAGACUUGGUCACCUUCCCACCGGAAAGCGGUGCGUCAGGGCAGCUCCAGGCUCCCCUAGAGCCCAGCCAAGACCUCUAG